GCCGCUGUGAAGCGGAUGCUCAACCCGAAGGACAUUCGGUUGAAGGAAAAUCAGCUCAAAAAAAAGCAGAAAGAGGAGGCUGAGAAGGAGAGGCUGGUUAAGCGAGCUCCCCAGGUCGCAUCUUCUCUCUUCCUCCAACACAACACUGCCCUCGUGCCCCCAUACAGAGUCCUCAUCGAUACCAACUUCAUCAAUUUCAGUCUGCAAAACAAGUUGGAGCUCAUUAGCGGCAUGAUGGACUGCCUGUACGCCAAAUGCAUACCAUGCGUGACAGACUGCGUGAUGGCGGAACUGGAGAAGCUCGGGCACCGCUACCGUGUCGCGCUCAGAGUUGCGCGAGAUCCGCGGUUCGAGCGGCUGACGUGCUCGCACUCGGGCACAUAUGCGGAUGACUGCCUCGUCCAACGCGUGACCUCCCACAAGUGUUAUAUUGUGGCAACGUGCGAUCGCGAGCUGCGCCAACGGAUACGUAAAAUACCUGGCGUGCCACUCAUGUAUAUCGUGCGGCGGCGGUAUGCCAUCGAACGGCUGCCGGAUCAGGGUGCUCCCGUAUGAAGCUGUUGUCGCCGCCUUUCUGGUCUUCUCGCAUCUCGUCGCUUCCGGUCAGUAGGAUAGCCAUUGUAUCGUAGUCUCCAUAUGCUCGGUAUCACCACCCUUCUCGCGGCUGGACAUUCAAGACGUCCGCUACCGAUUUAUCAUUAUCCCCGCGCGCCAUUGCGCCACUUUUUCGACGUAGGAAUGAGCUGAUCCGUUAGCAAGACGUCCAUAUACCGGCUCCGUCCCAAGUUUCUGUGCGCUCGAUAUGGCGCGAUUUAAGUCGAG